AUGGCGUCCCCGGAUCCCGGCCGCACGCCGGCGCAAGGCGAGGAAUCUGCCUCCACCUCCCCAUGGCCUCUCCGCAAGCUCCAGAGUUUCACACCAGGGCUGUGGUCACAAUACAAAGCUUAUGAGGAUGCAGUUGUCGAGGGCACAAAAGGAACUAUUGCGGAUGCUCUGGUUCUUGUGAGAGAGCAUCAGGCGGAGGCAAUUGGAUGUGCCACUGUUGCAGGAUUCAUUCUGUUCAGAGGUCCUCCAAGAUUUUUAUACCGCAAUACCUUUGGCCGUUUCAAGACUGAGAAGGAUUUACUGAAUGAUGCUGAGCAAAGUAUGAUGGAGUACAAAACAUCUAUUCAGAACUUGAAGAAAGAAUCGAAAUACACUCUUGACAAAGUAGCUAUUGGUGAAAGUGGUCUGCAGCGUGGACGGACUGAUUUGAGAUCUACUGGGAAGCAGAUCCAAUCUCUUAUAGGUUCCAUUUACAAAGCAGAAUCUACUGCUGCAGGUCUGAUGGAUAGACUAAGAACUAUUCCAACCAGGCAAUCUCUCGAGCUGCGAGCAGAGGCGAGUACAUGA